AUGCUGAUUAUGAAAUCAUCUAUUGACCAAAAUGCUGAAAUUAGUAGGCUCGUUAAUAUUUUUACGGAUGAUUUCAGCAUCAGUAUACCUCGAGGUGUUCUAGUUGAGUCAAGUCAUUUCUUCAAAGCUGCUCUUCAAAGCGGCAUGUCGGAAUCCCGCUCUGGUGAAUUUUUCCUCUCUGAGUUUUCACCGCGUCAGUUACAGCACCUGCAGCAUUUCCUUUCGGAUAAUGACCUCUUUACUAGUAAAGUUGAGCCUCUUCAAGGUGAGGGUGGGGAAUCGAUUUCGUCUGACUGUCAAAUGGAGGAACAAGUGAGACGUCUUGUGGAGGCUGCUUUCAUCGCAGACUAUCUACAAAUGCCUCGUUUUAAAUCCAAACUGCAGACGCUAUUCCAGUAUCUCAUUCAAUCACUUUCACAUCCCCAAUCACCCUGUUUUUCACGCCUUCACGAUUGCAAUACCUUCACCGAGAUGGUCCCAAUCCUUUCAGAUAAUCGUUUAAAAUGCUUGAAGAAACCACUACUUCGGUUUAUCUACCGUUAUCCUACCGUCCUUUUAGACUCCAAGUUCGUCCGUUUUGAUGCUUCACAACCCUUUUUGAUCACAUCGGUGCUUCAGACUCUGUCUUCUGACAAGAUUUUUCUCUAUAAUGAAGACGCGAUUCUUAACAGCGCCUGCGAAUGGGUCGAGCACUCUCUUACGCCUCCGAAACGACGUCGGAGUGGAGAUGAUAACGUCACUGAAAUUCUUCUCUCCCUCAUUCAAUCACUCCGCCUCGGUCUGCUUAGUCCCUUGGGUUUGCAACACCUAGUUAACCUUCUGGACGGGUAUCCGCAACAUGUGGCCUUUGAUGCCACUCUAAGCUAC